AUGAGCUCUCCCAGUGCGGCCUCUACCACCUCCUUGACUUUGAAUUCCACGAUCGUUGCGUCCGGCUUUGCAAGUGAUGGAUCUCCUGCUACUGGCCAGGUUCCGUCGUUGACCUCCACAAAUAAUUUCAUAAACUUCUGCCUCACCUACCCAAACCUUCCAAACACUAAUGGCUCGCAAGUCACGUCUGGGUCUUGUAAUUCUGCGCCAAUGGGCGCGAUCCCUUCUAUCCAGAACAUCCCCUCUGUGAAGAUUAUUUCCCCGAAACAUGGCGAUACCAUCCAACCCAACACGGAACUGCAGGUGUCGUUUGCUGUGCAAAAUAUGGAAGUCGGCGCGCCCGUCGAUUCUCAGGUGAACUACCUAUCUGCGCCACAGCAGCUCAACAACCAAGGCGUCAUUAAAGGAAGCGCCUUCAUAGUUGUGGAAGAGCUUUCGAGCCUCACCGACACCCAGCCUGGCAAUCCACAGAGAUUCUCACUAUUCCAAGGAAUACAAGGCGCUCCGGUGAACGGAGUGUUACAGGGAAGAAUCACCAACGGUCUACCAUCCGGAGUGUAUCGGCUAACCACGCAGCUGAGAGCUUCUAAUCGUCAGCCUCUCCUAGUGUCUACUCCAGAACAUGGUUCGCUAGCAGAUAUGAUUUAUUUCACCGUUGGGGACGCCAACGACGCCGAUUCUGUCGCAAGUUCUGGCACGUCCAUUGUUGGCAAUAGCAUCGUUCCGGCAGCAGUCAACACACAAGAUAGCUCCCAAUCUUCAUUAACGCUGGACCCCAAAGUGAUUUCCGCAGCCUUCGCAAGCCCAGGACAAAGCCCCACCCCAGGAAUCACUGGGUCCUUGACGUCUACAAACAAUUUCAUCAACUUCUGUAUGACAUUGGCGAAUACAAGGCUUACAAAUGGAGAAGUGGUGCCAGCUGGUUCAUGCAAUCCGGUCCCAAUGGGUGUCUUGCCUGCUAACACGUUGAUGCCCUCUUCGAAGUUCACAAACCCUAAGAAUGGUGAUAACCUACCUGCUCGCAAGGCAUUUACUAUCUCGCUUGCCGUGCGCAACUUCCAGACAGGCUCGCUAGCGAAUCCCCAGAAGAGUUUCUUAGCCGCUCCUCAACAGGUCAAUGCACAAGGGCUGAUCAUAGGACAUGCGAAGGUCGUCAUCGAAGCGCUUACAGGGUUCAAUCAAACGACCCCGACAGAUCCAACCAAGUUUGCGUUCUUCCAACACAUUGGGUCGCAGGCACAAGGUGGAAUCUUGACUGCGUCCGUCAGCGAUGGCCUACCCGAUGGGUACUACCGGUUGUCGUCCAUCCUAAGUGCCACGAACUCGCAGCCUGUCAUACUUCCCGUUUUUCAGGUUGGCAUGAGCGACGAUGCCGUUUAUUUCACAGUUGGCGACCCCACGAAAGUGACCGCGACGGAAGGUGGUGACAGCGGGAAAGGUUCGGGGUCGAAAGGUAGCGAUGAUCCUUCGCCGAGCUCUUCAGCUCCAUCGGCGAAGUCGGACAACAAGGCAGCCAUUAUUGGCGGUGUGCUCGGUGGUGUGCUCGGCGCCAUUAUUAUGUGCGCCCUCGUUUACGCAAUACUACGAUACCGGCGUCGGAAACGGCCCCGCCACAGUGUGGACCUCGAUACUGAAGUCGCACAGGUACCAGUCACACCCUUCGAACAGGCAACGCUAGCCCCGAUUUAUCGGCGAGAGAAACCUCUUCCUGCAGGUCCCAGUGAGACGUCGGGCCCUUCAUCCGCCGCUUCUCUUCUCGGUCGGGAAUCCCAAACAGCAGGGCCAAGCAGUUCAUCUUCUGCCUUCGGGCACAGCGAAAUCUCCCAGUCCCGGAAGUCUGUCGCUGAGACCAGCCCACCACCUUACCAGCCUUGA